GACCGUAAAAUGAAGGAACCUCUGAUCCAGCUUCGACGCUUUUCUUCUUUUGCUCAAGGAAAAGGCUUAUGAGCAGCAUUGCUUUUAUUGCAGAGGUAUAUACCCUGGACUCCUGCGAUAUUGGCCAUCACUCAUCAGCAGUCACGCCAGUAACAUCAAAAUAUUGCAGAUAUGGACGUCAAGAUCAUCUCACGCGAAGAAAUCAAACCGGAAUCUCCAACCCCGGAACACCUGAGAAUUCACAGGCUUUCAAUUUUCGACCAGCUUAUAGGUCACAUCUACUCAAGUCCACUUGUCUUUUUCUACCCAAACAAGCAAAGCUCCAAUCUUACUGAUGUCAUUUCAGAAAGACAACGUUUAAAGAGAUCCCUCUCGGAAACUUUGGUACCAUUUUAUCCUCUUGCAGGAAGGAUCAAAGUUGACUUCGAAAUCCAGUGCAAUGAUGAAGGAGUCUACUAUGCUGAAGCUCGCGUGAAUAUCCAACUUUCGGAGUUUCUUAAGCAGCCUACAAAUCAAAUGAUACAUCAGUUGCUUCCAUUUCAUCCUAACUCUGAGGAACUACUUUCCAAGACUCAUCUUGUCAUGAUUCAAACCAACAUUUUUGAUUGCGGUGGCAUUGCCAUUGGCCUGUACGCCUCUCACAAGGUUGUUGAUGGUCUCUCACGAUUGACAUUCCUAAACUCUUGGGCAGCUAGAGCACGUAACGAGUCAUCAAAACAAGUAAAUCCCAGUUUUAUUUCGUCUUCUGUAUUUCCUCCUGAUCCAAGCUUAUCUACCUAUUCACGUUCCAACUUCCACAAUCAAACCAAAGAAAAGCAUAACUUUGUCACCAGCAGGUUCGUGUUUGAUCAUUCCGCCUUGGCUUUACUUAAAAUCAAGGCUGCGUGCUCAUCUACUCUGAUACCAAGUUCCAUCGAAGUUGUUUUGGGACUUCUAUCGAAAUCUUUCAUAAAUGCCACAAAAGUUAAAUAUGGGGGUGAUGCCAUCGCCAGUAUUGAUGGUGAUUUUGUUGAAGGUAUAAAAGGUGAUGAUCGAUUGCUGAAGUUAAUUGGGCCUAAGAAACAUUUGAGGGAGAAGAAUUCUCACAAUGCUGAAUCUUUUCCACUCUCCAGUGUUUGCAGGAGUGGUCUUUAUGAGGCUGACUUUGGGUGGCGAAAACCUAUAUGGGCAUGCCUCGGCAGUGGGGACACUGACCCAUAUGGAGUGGGAAAUCUAGUCAUUUUGAUGGAUACAAGAUCAGGAGAUGAGAUAGAAGCAUGGGUGACUAUAAAAGAAGAACUCAUGGCUAUAUUCGAGAAAAAUCAGGAGCUCCUCGCUUUUGCUUCUUUGAAUCCUAGCCCUCUUGAAAUUUAG